AUGUCGUCGAUAGUCACUGGCGAAAAAUCUCCGUCGAUGAUUCGACGCGUGUAUACAAAUUCUUGGUUUCAGAUAAUCCUGAUCAGCUUUAUUUGUUUCUGCUGCCCUGGGAUGUACAAUGCCCUCGGCGGCCUAGGAGGAUCUGGUCAGGUCGACCCAACAGUCGCAGCCAAUGCUACAGUCGCUCUAUUGGCUGCCACUGCCGGAACUGCUCUUUUUAUCGUGGGACCGAUCUUCGAGCGAGUCGGACCUCGUGUUUCCCUUAUACUUGGCGGAUGGACAUAUGCCCUGUAUUCGGGUAGCUUGUUGAAUUUCAACCACACCAAGAAUGGAGCAUUUGUCAUUGCGUCCGGCGCCCUCCUGGGUGUAGGCGCCGCAUUUCUCUGGGUGGCUCAGGGUGCAAUCAUGACGACCUAUGUUCCAGAGUCUCAAAAGGGCCGAGCCAUCGCUGUGUUUUGGAUUAUCUUCAACCUUGGUGGCGGUGUUGGCUCUCUCGCUAGUUUUGGCCUCAACUUUCAUUCGAAGACCGGCACCGUAUCUGACGCAACCUACAUCGCCCUGCUUGUGAUUAUGCUAGUCGGUUGGGUGUUGGGCCUUUUGAUUUGCAGUCCAUCUUCUGUGCGAGUGAGAGGGUUACGGACAAUUGCAAGCGAGAAGCUUAACUGGCGACAAACAGCCCGGCUUGCACUGCACACAAUCUCUGACUGGAGGGUUAUCUGCAUGUUGCCCCUGUUCUUCUCCGCCAACGUGUUCUAUUCAUAUCAGCAAAACGAUGUUAAUGGCAUGACAUUCAAUAUUCGUACUCGAUCCUUGAAUGGCUCACUUUACUGGAUAGCCCAGAUGCUAGGUGGUCUUAUCAUGGGCUGCUUGCUCGACAUGCCAUGGUUUACUCGUCGAGGUCGUGCUGUGGCCGGCUGGGUGACGCUCUUCGUGACUGGUAUGGCUAUCUGGGGAGGUGGUUACAAGUUUCAGGUUUGGUCUACCCAUCGUCUAGCGCAAGGAUUGAAGCAAGACAUCGACUAUACGAACGGAAGUCUCUCAGCCGGUCCCAUUAUGCUAUAUAUUUUCUACGGAGCAUACGAUGCCCUUUGGCAGUCCUUUUGCUACUGGUUGAUUGGUGCUCAGUCCAACUCUUCCGCUAGAACUGCUAUAUUGGUUGGUGCUUAUAAAACCUUCCAGUCUACUGGAGGAGCCAUGGCAUGGAGGAUUAAUGCCUUGAAGAAACCGGCCAUGACGCAGUUUGCUAUGGACUGGGGUCUUUGUAUCGGUUCGUUAUUGAUUGUCAUCCCCACCGUUUGGGCCAUCACUUCAACGAAUGUGGGCGAGGAUGACGUUGUUGCCGAAGACGAGGUGAAGGAGGAUCUGAAGCAACCUGUACCAUAA